UUGGGAACUGGAGAGUGUGUGUUGUCUCGCUUAGGGGUCCCCACCCCUCGAUACCAGAGAUCCAGCUUUUCAUCGCACAGGGUGAAAGAUUUCUGCUGGACGUUUCGGUCUGUGUGGCUACAGGCUUUAUGUUCAGUACAUUUGUGCUGGUGUGUGGCUGCCUGCUGCAGAGGAAACUGGUGACCACAGAGGGGCAUCGUGGGACCAACCGCCAUGUCUUCUAUGCCGUUCACAUGGACGGAGGCACAAGAGCAGCUGAAGAUCUGGCCGCGCAGCAUGGGCUGGAGUUCAUACAGCGGGUUGGCUGUCUGGAGGGUCUGUACACCUUGAGAGACAGCAGGGGGCGCCAUGACAGAGCCACCUUUGAGCACAGACUUGCGACUGCAUCAGGGGUUCACUGGGUGCAGAGGCAACACAGUUAUUAUAGAGAGAAGCGGGCGCCACCGAAGGGAUGGGACCACAAUAUGACAAGCGGUUCCCAGAAGAUGGAGUCUGCAGCUGACAGCCCGACAGAGAAGAGAAUGAGUGACCAUUCCCUCACCUUCAACGACCCACUCUGGCCCAUGCAGUGGGAACUGUUUGCACAGGGUGAGUACAACUCCACUGGGUCCGACCUGAACGUGAUGCCAGUUUGGAGGAACAACGUCACCGGCAAUGGUGUCGUGGUCUGCAUCAUCGAUGAUGGUAUAGAUCACACAAACAAGGACCUGAAGAAAAACUUUGAGGCCCUCGCCAGUUUUGACCUGCGUGCCUCACACGGUCUGUCGCAUGAUCCCAUGCCUGUCAGAGAUGAGGAAAACAGUCAUGGUACCCGUUGUGCAGGGGAAGUUGCCAUGGAGGCCAACAACUCCUACUGUGGUGUGGGCAUCGCCUUCAAUGCCAGGAUUGGAGGUAUCCGCUUGUUGGAUGGCUCUGUCACUGAUGCCAUGGAGGCCACAGCUCUGACCUAUAACAUCCACUUCAUUGACAUCUACGUCUGCAGUUGGGGCCCGCGGGACGAUGGGGCAGAGAUGGACGGGCCGCACAGGCUGACAGAGCAGGCCCUCCGGCUAGGAACUCACAAGGGCCGACAUGGGAAGGGCAGCAUCUUCGUGUGGGCGGCAGGUAAUGGUGGAAUGCAGCAUGACCACUGUGGUGCAGAUGGUUAUGUCAACUCCAUCUACAGCGUUGCUAUUGGCGCCGUCACUCAGACUGGGAAGCCGGCCUUCUUUGGUGAGCCCUGCCCUGGAGUCAUGGCAGUCACUCUGACAGGGGCCGGUGUGGGUGGCUCACUGCCUUUGGUGACUGUAACCAACAUUGGUGAUGGGUGUGUCACACACUUUCCAGGAACAUCUAGUGCUGCUCCAAUCGCUGCAGGGAUUCUGGCUCUUGCCUUAGAAGUAAACCCUGAGCUGACGUGGAGGGAUGUUCAGCAUCUGAUCACCAAGACAGCAAAGAUCCCCGACCCCGAAGAGCCUGGCUGGAGCAUCAACGCUGCAGGAUACCAUGUUCACCAUAGGUAUGGAUUUGGAUUGUUGGAUGCGGGGCUGAUGGUGCAGCAGGCUGCACUCUUCCAACAUGUUGCUCCACAGAAAAUAUGCACACAAGAAAUCACACUCCAUCCAGCCAGAAUUUUCUCACCUGGACAUGGUGUUAGCAUGAACAUCCAAUCAGAGGCUUGCCAAGGGAGGGUUAACCAGAUCAACAGUCUGGAGCAUGUGCAGGUGAGAGUGAGUAUUAACGCAGUGUGUCGCGGUGACCUCUCCAUAAGCCUGGAGUCUCCAGGUGGCACGGUGUCUCUGCUGUUGGAUACGCGACCCAAUGACGCCUCCACUGCAGGCCUGAAGAACUGGACCCUGAUGACGGUGCACUGCUGGGGAGAGCAUCCACAAGGCCUGUGGACCCUACAGGUGACUGACCACAAAGGCACAGUGAGGAGCUGCACAAGGCCGAGUGAAGAGGAGGCUGCAGGAGCUUUGCUCAGCGCUACGCUCAUCCUCUACGGCACCUUCCACCCACACAAGAACAUGCACGAGGGUCCUCUGCAGAGCAUUGUGUCCAUGGGGUCACAUCAUCCGGUCCCUCCUGGCGGGUUGUACCAGAGGGACCGUUUCCCCCCUCUGGAUCUGAUUCGGUGGAUCUACCAAAGGGAAAGAGACAAGAAAGUUCAGGCUGCUGAUAUCACUAUUCCAGCCAAACGCAAGAUGUUGGAAACUCCCGGAGGCAGAAUGGCUAACUUAACUCUUAUCAAGCCCCUCACAUCUAGACUGGCUUUCCAGGUACAACAGACGGAUGUUGGACAGUUGUCCUCCCUCAGAUCAAGGGCUGCUGCAGGGAGGGAACUUCCUGAAGACAAGCCAGUCAGGAAUAAGGUGGAUGGAAAGAGAAGGUCCUUACCACUGAGGAAGCUUCCAUGAUGGCGGUUCAGCUUUCAGACUCUCCAGAUCUGGUAGUUGGAGCGGCUGUGAGCAGAGAGGCGAGAGGGAGCUGAGAACACAAACAUAAAGCAUGGUUAAAUAAAGACUGUUGUUCUCCACAGUGCAGCAAAGCCAAUUGAUCACAAAUCAAUUUGUGUACUGUAUUUCAACUGUGUGGCUUCAGUGUCAGCAGGGAUUAUUUAUUGUGGAUUCUUAACUCUGCUUUAAAACUCAAUUCCUCUUCAACCUACAGAAACACACACAAACACAUAACCACCACCACCCUCAAAAAAACCAAAUAGUUUCAGAAACGCUUCUCUCCUUCUCCUCGCUUACCUUUGGAAGUUGAAAAGGUUAGUGAACAAUAUGUUAGUCUUUUUCCACUUCAGUGAAGGGUGAAUUCAGCUCAGUGCAAUAAGAAAUGGAUUACCCAUUCAUUAAGAGCGCUGCGUCACUCCUCAUUGGGUUGGACAAAUAACAAAUUAAUUCUUAGCCGCCUAAUUUCUCUCUGUUCUCCGCUGGAUUUUCGAUAACGUCGAAUUACUGAUCACAGCCAUGUGAGCUCCCUCAACUUUUUAUCAAUUCAUUAAAAAUAUGCCACAGCGGAGAUGCAAUGAAGGAAGUGUUCUGUCUUUUUUCUUUUUUUUUUUCCUGUGAGUUUCUUUAGUUUCAACACGGUCUACAAACAGGAAGUGCUACUAUUAGGAUGGUAAAAAUCAUUUGCACAGAUAAUUUUGUAUCAAAAACUUUUCAUUGAGGUAUUUCUAUUGAAAGAGAAAUAUAUAAAAGUAAUAGUUUUUUUUUCCUUUUUUCUGUCAGUCAAAUGCAGGUCUCUCGGUCAUGGUGUAGAAUAGCAGUAGUGUAUUGACAGGGCAGUAUUGAUGUUUCAAUUAGAGCAGAGUUACAUAGUGCGGCAGCAUGGUAACAUGGUGCGUCUCCUGCCAUCUGCUCUGCCUCUACGUCUGACGAACGAGGCACGUGGGGCUAAUCGAGCCGCACAUGAGCGAUGGGACUGUGAGAUCUAGCUCAUGCACACACACACACACACACACACACACAUAUAUAUACUAUGCACACGUCCUUAUGCAGGAAAAAAUCCCUGCUGUUUAAACAGCCUACAGAAAAGCCUGUGAUUCCUCCCCUUCUCCCUUCACAUGUGCCACAGGAGCAGCUAGCAGGUUAUUUCUCUAAAGGGAAUCAGGCUCGAGCACCAGAUGCACGAGAUGAAAUUCUUCAAAAGCUCACAUGAUAGAAAGACAAAAAAAGGAAAAGGGCUUCUGCCAGGUUUUCUCGUGCUGGGACGGCCUGAAAUAACAGAGUGUAUUAUGCCUGGCGUUGCUGCCUGCCAAACCACACGAAUCAAAGACCUCAUUGUGUGGAUUACCUCGUUAAUCUGCUGAUGCCAUUGAGCAGUAUUGCAGGUGUUAAUGUGCCAGGUUUUUUUCUUCUUCUUUUUUUUUCUUGUCUUUUAUUGGGGAGGUGUAGCGUCAGAUUUGUAAUCUGCUUUAAAUGCUUUCUGGGGAAUGACACACUGAAACUCAGCCAACAGAGCUCUGUGUUAAUACAGCACACAGAGGGGACCGACUGACUGAAGCUGGCGUCGAUGCCAACGGGGACGAGCCGGUGAGCAACACGCCCCACACCACUUGUUGAAAUAUAUGACUGCAUGAAUAAUGAAAGAGGCCCACGAUGACAUCCAUCAUAGAAAUGCCUCAUUGCUCAUCGUCUUCUGUUUCCUCCUGCAAAAACUCCAAAGUUGUCUCUUUUUUGGAGCUUUCUGUACCUGCCUGAGCUGAUGGACUGAAGCGCUCAACUCUAAACCAGAAAGAGAGAUAAAGAGACAGAAAGAGAGGUAAUCCUUGCUUUUUUUCUGUUCCCUGGGGUGGUCUCUUCAUCUUGGGCCUCAAAGAGGGACAGAAUACACCUCCCUGCUACAAUGGAGGGGACCCACAGGGGCUGUUGCUAUUUGAGUGUGUAUGUGUGUAGUGGGGGUGCAGCUUUAAGCAGGCCUUUGAGUGGCCUAAUUGCAUUGGAAUACAGCAGUCUGAGAGCUGGCUCAGAUCGCGGCAGGCUGCUAGAGGGGUUAGCGCCCGCACCUCGACAGCUACACUCAGCAAAAGAGCCCCGGCACAAAGCACACAAUUAAUGCUCUCCCUCUCGUUAACUCUCUCCCCACUUUUUGUCCUCUCCUACUUUCCUCUCACCCCCCCUUUCUGUAUCUCAGUCUCCUCUCCAUCUCUUGUCCCUCCCUCACAAGCAACUGGCUCAGUAUGUCGUCACUCUGCCUCUGUAUUAAUCCUCCCAUGCAGCCUGUCAAUCUCCCCCAUCUUUGAUACACACAACAAUUACAGUAAGUAUGAAAGGUGUGGGGCAGCCACCGCUCAUUAUGUAAGACUAGAAAGAGCAAGAAUUAUUCACAUCUAACAGCUUAUAUUAAAUAAAAACUUGUAUUACAUGCAAGAAAUGAUGGAUACCACUCCACAUACAUCAUUAUAAAACAGUGCAUUUAGUUGACACGAGGCUUUGCUUUUGUUUCUGCUCUUACUGGCAUCAUUUAGUAAGAUGUUGUUUUUCAUUCAGAUAUACUCGUAUCCAUGGAGAUAAAAAUGCAUACAUUAGUUAACAGAUUGAUCUUUUAGGUACUUUUUAAAAAUUAUUUAUAGGUUCAAGAUACUUAAAUGUGAAUGUUUGUUGGUUUUCUGUAAUCUCUUUAACUUCUAAAUAUACCUAUUAGGAACUGUAAA